AUGAAGAUGAUGAAGGGGCUGGAUGCAAGCACCUCCCCUAUGAGGACAGGCCGAUUUCUGCUUUGUGGCAUAUGUGGAAUAUUGUGCGCGAAAAAAAAAUCUGGACUUGUUAUGAUACUUUUUUCUGCUUGUUGCAUCUGCGGACUAAUUGGAGGAAUCUUAAAUUUUCAAUUUCUUCGUGCUUUGACAAAGAAGUCGUCUGCUCUCUAUUCCUUGCAUCUUGCCUCCAUGUCUCUUGCAUGCAUUGGAAUUGGUGGUUGCACCCUUUCUUCAUGGCUCACUUGUCGGCUAGCCAGCUAUGAACAAAGGCGAAUGUUCUCAGAAAGAGAACAUUCAUUGCAUCACUCCCAUGAAAUGGCAGAAAAAAGAUUGAGGGGUAUUGAAAUAACCGACCUGCCCAGCUGCCCGGUGGUUCCCCCGACACCAGAGUUACCUCCAAGGAAAUGACAGACAACUUAAGCAAUGGUGGUCCACAUCUGAUUUAUAAUGGAAGUGUAUAUUAAGAGAUUUUAAAAAGGUCCAUGGAAACAAGUGGGUAUAGAAUUUUCUUCAGGAAAAAAACAGACUCCAAGAAAUUGAGAAAACUGAACUAUUUUAGCUUUUAUGGCUCAAAUGUCACAACUGCAGAACAGCACAGUUGGAAUUCUCUUUUAAAAUGGUUCAAAAUUUGUCUCCUAAACGUUUUGCGGAUAUACAAUAUUUAUUCACAUCCUGGCUAUUCUCCUUUGUUUUUUUGUCUGAAUAACUUUUCAGAAUUGUGAUAGCAUUUGAAAUAGACUUCUCAAGACUCUUCUCAUGAGGACUCAAAACCCAGAAAAAAAAUAAUUAGACUGGACUACCUUUAGCCCAAUCACAGGAUUCCUACAAAGAAGAGAAAAGGGCAGAGGAAGGAUGGUUCAGGGAAAUAUUUUUCUCCUCCCCACGUGGCAACACCUGGUGUAACAUGAUGGUUUGAGAUCAUGCGGCAUGGUACCAGCAACACACCUGCA